AUAAAAUGUCAGCAACUUAAACUUAACAUUUGAUUUUUGGGUCAACUUGGCCCUAAGAAAAUAUGAUUAUUAAGUACUGCUCUUAACAAUAGAGUUUUCAGAAAGUUCCAAUUGACAAUGGAUUAAAGGUAUAUAAAUUUUAAAUCAUUCAUAGAUCAAUAAUUGGUCAUGUGCUAUUCCUUACAAAGAUAAUGAAAUUCUAAUAACAGGAGGAUUGGGAAACACAAAUAAAAUAAUAUCAAAUGAUGUUUAUAUAUUUAAUACAUAAACUAAUAAGGUAAGAAUUGUAACGCAUUUUAGUUAACCCAAUUUAGUUAAUUCACUCAAUGUAGAUAUGUUCAUUAGUGUCUAUAUCAUAAUGAAAAAAUAUAUGUAUUGGGGGGAAGACAAUAUGGUCCAGAUUUUGAAAGUGUUCUAUCACAUUGUGAAGUCUAUGAUGGAGGAGUAUGGAAGGUAUUUUUAUUUAAAUAAUUUAAGACUAUCUCACCAAUGACAAAGAGGCGAUCCAAUUUUGGAGUGUUUUUGAACAAUGAUCAAAUUUAUUGCAUCGGAGGAUUUGAUGGAAAGAAAAAUACUAAGUCUAUUGAAUAUUAUGAUGAAACCAAAAAUAUAUGGAUAAGGAGUAAAAUAAGAAUGCCUAGAGGUUUGGCAGGAUUUCAUUUGAUUCCUUUAGAAAAUUAAAAAAUAAUGAUAGUUGGAGGAAUGACUUUAUAAGGACCAUCUUAAGCAUGCUUACUUUUGAAUCUUAAAAGUAAUUAGUUUAUAUAUAUGAUCUUUAGAUAAUACAUGUGUUUCUUAUUCAUAAUUGAAUUAGAUUCGUUCGCUAUUUCAUAUGUUUCGGGAUGAAUUUGGUAAUUAUAUAGUAUAUGGUGGAAUGAAUAAAUAAAAUACUUUUGAAUUAUUCAAUAGUGAAAAUAAGAUUUGGGAAGAGUUUUUAAUAAAUGUAGACGAAAAUGUUCAAGAAUUGUUGAAUUAGAAUUUAAGAGGAAUGUCAUCUGUAUAAUAGAUAUGUAGAUUGGAAGAGUUUCAAUAAUAAACAAUGUAACAGAAAUAAGAUUAUAACUUAUAACCUGAUGAUGUUGUAUUUAUGUUUGGGAAUGAUGAAUACCCAUUUAUUUUACCGAUUCCAAAAUAUAGAACAGACAAUUUAUAAGCAUUGGAAGUACCCACAUAAUUGUGUUUAUAUUCAUACAUGAGUGUAUGUUCAAUAGAUGCAGAAUUACCAAAUUGUAGAUAGAUUUUAUUAGGAGGUGGGAUAGAUUCUAAGAUUUCAUAAAUAAAUAAGAAGGCAUAUUUGGUAACUAUAAUAUUUCCAGAGAUGAAGGUAAAGAUUAAGAAAGUGGGUAAACUAAGUUAUCAUAGAUAUGCAGCUGCAUGUGUUUAUAAUGCUCCAUAUGUUUAUUUUAUAGGAGGAAGAGGAUAUUAGAAUGAUAUAUUAUCAUUACAUAGUACAGUAGAGAGAUUCAAUAUAGAUGAAGAGGAAUGGGAUUAGAUAGCUCCAUUGAAUGAACCAAAAUGUUCUAUGACUGCUAAUGUAAUAGGAGAGAAGAUUUAUGUAUUUGGAGGAUAUAUUGGAGAAGGUAUAUAAUAAUUAAUAUAUAUAUUUUAGGAUAAAUUUCGCAUAAGAUUGAAUGUUACAAUGAAUAAUCAUAAGAAUGGGAUGUAUUAAAUAUAGAAUUGCCAUUCUCAUUAGAAGGAUUAUCAUCAAUAGUCAUAGAUGAUUAAGAUUUAUUUAUUUUUGGAGGUAAAGGAUUUGAUGGUAGUAAGAAAGAAAUUAUAAGAUUUAAUUAGGAUGAUUUAGAAUCUAAUUAAAAUGUAUCAGGGUAUGUAUUAUAUAUAGAUAAUUUAAUAGACAAAUAGUUGGAACUCUACAACAUUCUAGAUCAUUACCAAAACCAAUUUUAUUAGAUGAUAACAAUGUUUUAAUAAUUGGUGGUUAUUUUUUUGACAAUCCAAAUAUUAAUUUUGGAGAGGUGUUUAAUCUCAACAAUCCUGAAGAUUAAAAUAAUGAAUAUGCUAAUGAAAUAGAACUUACUAUAUUAUAGAUGGGAGCUCAUGAAUCUAUAAACUUGUUCAGCAUAACUAAUUGAAACUAUUAAAUAUAUAUAUAUAUUAAUUUUA